GCGACACUAGGGUUUUAUUUGUUAUCCUCUCCGUUAUUCCCCUAUUUCACAGUCGACUCGUUUCCCUCGUUUUGCCUCUUCACAUCUAAUACUCCACCGGUCCCAGAGAUGAAUGUGGAAAAGCUAAUGAAGAUGGCUGGUUCAGUCCGAACUGGUGGGAAAGGUACCAUGAGAAGAAAGAAGAAAUCUGUUCACAAGACUACCACCACAGAUGACAAAAGACUGCAAAGCACCCUGAAGAGAAUUGGGGUGAAUGCUAUUCCUGCAAUUGAGGAGGUGAAUAUUUUCAAGGAGGAUGUAGUCAUCCAGUUCACUAAUCCUAAAGUUCAAGCAUCUAUUGCUGCCAACACUUGGGUUGUUAGUGGCACUCCUCAGAACAAGAAAUUGCAAGAUAUUCUCCCUCAAAUUAUUCAACAAUUGGGUCCUGAUAACUUGGAGAAUUUGAAGAAAUUGGCAGAGCAGUUCCAGAAGGAGGGACCUGGAGCUGGUGCUGGUUCUAAUACUGCACCAGAAGAAGAUGAUGAUGAUGUGCCGGACCUUGUUGCUGGCCAGACCUUCGAAGCUGCUGCAGAGGAGAGCCACACUUAGGAGUUGAAUAUCAAUUUUUGUGUCAUUCCUUACAUGUUUUGUGUUUUUGAGCGCUGUUUUUUUUCUCUAGUUGAUGUUUUUGAUUGACGCUAGAAAGUUGUUACUUUGAAAUUUUUAUUCAGUAAUCAGCUUAAUCCUCUACA